GGCUGCACACUGACAAAUGUUGUAAGCUGUUUUUCGUUUUACAGUUUACAAUGCGGGGAACUAUAUUUUCUUCUCUCAGCUGACGGUGUGGAUAACAUUGAGAUAGUUGAGCUACAUUGACGCAACAUAAAUCCACCAUUCAGGAUUCAAAACCGCUAGGUUGCUGGUAAAUGAGCUGCAACCAUGGUGCAGGAAUACCAGUCUCCUGUCCGGGUCUACAAGCAUCCAUUUGAGUUAAUAAUGGCGGCCUAUGUGAGGAGGUUCCCGAAGAGCCCCUUGAUCCCAGUGUUUGUAGACAGCGAGAUCAUCAGUGAGAGCCAAAGUGAAGAUGAAUCUACACUGGUAACUGAGAGGCGCUGUACGAUCGAAGUUGAUGCCCCACGACUUCUUAAACGGAUGGCUGGUGUAGACUACCUGUACUUCAUCCAGAAGAACACUCUGAAUCGCAGAGACAGGACGCUUCACAUUGAGGUCCGCAACGAGACCUUUUCCAGCAGAGUCAUUGUACACGAGUGCUGCAACUACACGGUUCAUCCAGAAAAUGAGAACUGGACAUGCUUCGAACAGACAGCUAGUCUGGACAUUAAGUCCUUUUUUGGCUUUGAGAGCUCAGCGGAGAAGAUAGCGAUGAAACAGUAUGCUAGUAGCAUUAAAAAGGGUAAAGAAAUUGUUGAGUACUACCUCAGAGAGCUGGAGGAGGAGGGAAUAACUUACAUACCUCCUUGGACACCCCCUGUUGUCUCUCACACUGCUGCUGCCAGGCUCCAGCUGCCACCGGCCUCUAGUACCAGAGUCAUCCCUGUCAACAGUGCCAAGGAUGGGCUGUCCAAUAAAGACACUGUCGGCCCCACAGAGCUAGUGGCUGGUUCCCCUGAUGACAAAUUGGAUGCUGAUUACAUCAGACGUUACCUAGGUGAUUUAACGCCUCUGCAGGAGAGCUGUCUUAUUCGACUGCGCCAGUGGCUCCAGGAAACCCACAAGGGCAAGAUUCCAAAGGAUCAGCACGUGCUGCGCUUCCUGAGGGCCAGAGACUUUAACAUCGACAAAGCCAGGGAGCUCUUGUGCCAGUCACUUACCUGGAGGAAGCAACAUCAGGUGGAUUUCCUGUUAGACUCCUGGGACCGUCCCCAGCUACUUCAGGACUAUUACACUGGAGGCUGGCACCACCAUGACAGAGAUGGCCGUCCUCUGUAUAUCUUGCGUCUGGGUCAAAUGGACAUUAAGGGUUUGGUACGAGCCUUGGGAGAGGAGGUGCUACUGAGACAGGUUCUGUCCAUCAACGAGGAGGGACUGAGGCGUUGUGAGGAAAACACUAGAGUCUUUGGUCGACCCAUUAGUUGUUGGACUUGCCUGGUGGAUCUGGAGGGUCUUACUAUGCGUCACCUGUGGAGACCAGGAGUUAAGGCUCUGCUGAGAAUCAUUGAGGUGAUAGAGGCCAACUACCCAGAGACUCUGGGUCGCCUGCUCAUCCUGAGGGCACCCAGAGUUUUUCCAGUGAUCUGGACCCUGGUCAGCCCCUUGAUUGAUGAAAACACCCGUAAGAAGUUCCUUGUUUAUGCUGGAAAUGACUACCAGGGUCCAGGAGGCUUGGUGGACUACAUAGACAGAGAGAUCAUCCCCGACUUCUUGGGAGGGGAAACCAUGUGUGACAUCCCUGAGGGAGGUAUGGUCCCCAAAUCUCUAUACAGGACAGCGGAGGAGCUGGAGAGUGAGGAAAACAGGCUGUUGACUGACUCCAUCUAUAAGAGUGCCAGUAUCUUCAAGGGAGCUCCAUAUGAGAUGCUGAUCCAGAUCACAGAGGCCUCCUCCGUCAUCACCUGGGACUUUGAUGUGUCUAAAGGCGAUGUGAUCUUCAACAUCUACCAUUCCAAGAGGCCCCCUCAACCUCCGAAGAAAGACACUCUUGGAGCCCAUGGCAUCACGUCCUUAGGGACCGUCAACGCCCAGCUGAUAGACAAGAGCUGGGUGCUGGGCCAGGACUACAGCUUGGUGGAGAAGGCCCUCACCUGCAGGGAGGGGGAGAGUGUACAGGGCUCCCACAUAACACGCUGGCCGGGCUUCUACAUUCUCCAGUGGCGCUUCCACAGCUCCCCAGCCUGCUCCGCCUCCAGCCUGCCUCGCGUAGAUGAUGUGCUGGCCUCUCUGCAGGUCUCUUCCCACAAGUGUAAAAUCAUGUACUACACAGAGGUGCUGGCCUCCCAUGACUUCAGGGGAUCCAUGACCAGUCUGGAGUCCAGUCAUAGUGGUUUCUCCCAGCUCAGUGCUGCCACUACUUCCUCUAGCCAAUCACACGCCAGCUCCACCAUAUCAAGGUAGCAUCUGCUCAGCAGGUGUCCAAAGGCAAGAAUGACCUUAAAUGUGCUGACAUCUGCCUCUGACUGUGCCUUAUGCCUUCAAAAAGAGGGUUUUUAAUUAGAAUUUGAUCUGACGUUUGAAGGUGAGAGAAGUAUUGUGGAAUUUUUUUUUUUUUUCAUUUUAGUAGAUCAGUCAAGUUUCAUUGAUUUUUCAAUGUGUCUUGGGAAUUAUGUACCUGAUGUAGCAUUUAUUGUGACUGUGAUGACUGACGUUAUUUUGUAUUAGUAUAAUAGUAGUGGACAAUUUUUUUCAAAUGCAAAUGUGCAUUGCAAAUGUGAAAUAUCUGAUUUGUAGUUAGAUGACAUUCAGGAGGACAUCUGCUAUGAUUCUUAUGGAUGAAUAAAUGAAAAAGGAGAAACCUUACAAACAGCAGUUUUUACAUUAAAUUAAAUAGUGAGAGUGAAAGUAGAAACCAUGUGUACAAUGCACAGAUACUAUCCCUGAAGUUGCUUCCAUUGUCCACAAGAUGUCACUGUACUCUGUAAUAGAAACUGCUCACAACUAAUCUGCAGUGGAUUUAGUACAUCAUGUAUCACUCAUACUGGUCUUCCUCAGAAAUCCAAAGGAGAAUUGCUUGAAUAAAGAAUUUAUUACACAAAUUAA